AUGGAAGAUAACUUGGAGUCCGGAUGGGUGUCGGUCCGGCCCAAAGUGUUCGACGAAAAAGAGAGGCACAAAUUUGUUUUCAUCGUGGCCUGGAACGACAUCGAGGAGAAAUUCGCCAUAACCUGCCACAACAGGACCGUACAGAGACGCAGCACCCUCCUGGACCUCGACGGCAGCCCCACCGCCGCGUUUCCUGCCGCCGACGCGGAAAAACAAGCGAAAAGUCCGACCAAAGCGAAGGGAGUCAGCCAAGCGGGUAAAGUUAGACCUCGCUCCGUCUCGAAAGGAAAAAACACGGCAGACGCUGGCGUCGGAGACAAAAACGCGACGCAAGACUUUGGUUUGAAUACGUUCGAGUGCGUUAGUCACACGUUCGGGUCUUGGGAUGUUGUGACGCCCAAAGCGGUGGAGCUGGAGAUACUGGACCCCGCGGAGGUCCCCCCGGCCCCGGACGAAGCGGACCCGGCGGACGUGGACGCCGGGGGCCGCGAGGACUUCAGCUGGGCCGGGCUGUUCUCCUUCCAGGACCUGAGGACGGUCCACCAGCAGCUGUGCGCCGUCAACUCGGACCUGGAGCCGUGCCUGCCCCCCUUCCCGGAGGAGCAGUCCGGCGUGUGGACGGUGCUGUUCGGCGGGCCCGGCUUCUCGCAGCGGGAGACGGAGGCGCUGUGCUACCAGCUGCAGGUGUACCUGGGCCACGCUCUGGACACCUGCGGCUGGAGGAUCCUCUCCCAGGUGCUCUUCUCCGAGAGCGACGACACGGAGGAGUACUACGAGAGCCUGAGCGAGCUGAGGCAGAAAGGCUACGAGGACGCUCUGGAGGCGGCCAAGAGACGGAUGCAAGAGGUGUUGGACAAGCACAAAGCCAUGGACAGCAUGGUGGAGCUGCUGCAGGUGUACCCCGAGGAGGACGAGGCCUACGGAGACCUGCUGGAGGCUUCGACGCAGCUCUACCACUACCUGCUCCAGCCCUUCAGGGACAUCAGGGAACUGGCAACUUUGCGUCGGCAGCAGAUUAAGAUCUCUCUGGAGACGGAGCGUCUGGGUCCCCGCCGCGUGGAGAGCCUGAGGCGAGAGGAUGAGGAGUGGCAGAAGAAGGCCCACGCCGCCGUGCUCUCCAUUCAAGAACUCACCGUCAAGUUCUUUGAAACCACCACUCGAGCUCAGAAAGCCAGCUCGCCCAUGGACGAGGUGCUGGCCUCGCUGAAGCGCGGCAGCUUCCACCUGCGGAAGGCGGAGCUGCGCGUGCUGGGCCCCGACCCGGACGACGACACCAACAACAUCCUGGCUCAGAUCCGGCAGGGCGUGCGGCUCAAGAAGGUGGGCGCCGGCCCCGAGCAGCCGCCGCGGCCCCCCCGCGGCUUCCCCCACUCGGCCGACGCCCUGACCCGCAGCAUCCACGAGGCGCUGCGCCGGAUCAAGGAGGCCUCGCCCGAGUCCGAGUCCGAGGACGAGGGCCUGCCCUGCACGGACUGGGAGAGCUGA